GGUUUUGGUGUCAUGGAAAUACGACAACAAACUGUCCUGAGUCCGGAACAGGAUACCCGUGGUCUUUGAGUCUGUCAUGUAAAUCGGAGCAUAAGUGGAGCAGAAAGAAAUACACCUGAUGUAAGAUACUGACAACGCGUACGGAUUGCUGUCUCUGCAGCUGUUUCAGCGAUAGGUUGCAGUGCACAUGGUUAAUUCCCGGCUUCUGGCCCGAGAAGGCAUGUAAACAGCAAUGGGGGUGGCACCUUCGUCCUUACAGUCCCUGCUUGCCUGCCAGAAAAGCAACGAGAAGUGUUACCCGUGUGUGCCCUUCAGACCCUGUCCACCUGGUGUCCACGCCCAGACAAAACAAGGCUUGGUGGCGUCCUUCAAGGCCCUGCCACCAGUUCUGGCAAGAGGUACAGUGACUGCUGACACCAUCUGGUGGACCAGUGCCCAGUUCCUGCCUUACAAUGACCGUCACCUGGCCGUCACCACCACCCCCUACACAUUUCGGGUCAACCGUCCCUGGCUUGUGGCCUCAAAGAUGCCAGCAGGAAAGAUUUUCUUGUAUGACAUCGGCAGAAAACCCAUAGGCUGUGUUCACUUCAAGGGGAUAUCAAGUUCUACACAUCCAACAAUUCAACCUCACCCUAUAGGAGAGUAUAUCGCAUACAUUCCAAGCUCUGCAGGGGUCAAGGUCAUUGGAUUAAAUAAUGAGCAUGUAUAUGAACAACCAGCGUCUUUUGUUGGAGGCAGCUGUAAAUAUUUUGCCAUUGCACCUAAUGGGAUAAAUCUUGCAACUAUUUUCCGAGGCCAGAACUUUUAUUUCAUCCGAAUGAAUAACUUCAACAACUUUGGGAUAAUGCAAGGAGAAGAUCUGAAGUGCCACUUACUUUGCCCUGGUUUUGUAGGCGACCGGUUCUUCAGUGACAAGGUUGAGUGUAGAUGGUCUCCAGACAGCCAUUUUCUCGCUGUGGGUUUAUAUUGUGCUGGUUCAGGGAAACUGUUUGUUCUGGAUAAGAACAGUCAGAAGAACAUCUGUACUGUGUGUCCUGAUCUACUAGAAGAUCCAAUCAGUUCCGCCUGUAGCUUUGACUUUGAUCCCCGACCAGAUCGCUGCAAACUGGCUGUAGCUUCUACUGAUGAUUGUAUAUAUAUUAUUGAUGUAAAAGUUGUGAAAUUUUACAAACAAUUAAUGAGGGGAAUGCUCGAAUGCCAAAACUGUAUUCAGUACAAUAACCAAGGGACAAUGUUGGCAGUUGGGUACGAGACUUUGGAUAUCAGGAUCUUUGAUCCCGAUACGGAGGAACUGCUACAUGUGAUAGAUGUAAAGGAUGGAGAUGAGAAGCUCCAAACUAAUGUACCAUGUCACACCAGCCUGGCGAUCAUGAGGCUGAGCUUUAACUGGAGUGGGACUCUGCUGGCGUCCAGUGUAUGUGAUGGCUUGGUUCGUGUGUGGACCGUUCCAGGCAUGUUCAGUCUUCAGCGGUUCUGUAAGCUUCAGAUUCUCAGUUUGGUGCCAGUCAGGAAAGUCAAAACAUUGAAUCUACCUGAAAAAAUCAAACACUUUUUGUUGUCCCCUUGAAAUAUCUGCUGGUUUCUGUACAACCAAUUAGCAUUGGUGUCAUGAUAUUGAUAUUGAUAAAAUGUGCACGUCUUUAUUUAUUGAAGGCCAAGUAUCUCACAAUAUGCAGAGCUGUGAUCAUUGUAAAGCUCCAGAAAUUUUGUGUAUGAAAGAUGAUAUCUGCCCAUUUUGCUGUUUUGUCAACCUUGUCUUCCGCAAUUGCCAUUAUUGAGUAUCUAGUGCAAUGUUGUGCUUUGUUAGCACCUGACCACAGACACAAAAGCUUAUUUAGUACUGUCAUAAACUUUAUUGAUAUAA